AUGCCCCGAUUUCUUCAUCCUAAAAGCUCAACUCCGCACCGGGUAGCAGCAAUUGCCCUGUACCGAGCGCUGCUAUCCCGAUGUUCGUGCACACCACUUCCAGAUGAGUGUCGAAACGCCUUGCAGAAUGCCCUUCGCAACAAAUUCCGAAGAAAUAGAAAGAUACAGAGUCCGUAUCAGCUAGGUCUCGCUUUUAGGGCGGGCUAUGAAACUCUCGACCAUCUCGAUGGCGCCAGAACCGGCGAUGAAGGGAGCAUAGCAUUCAUCACAUCUUUCAUAUCUACUUUGCCCCCCGGUAUGACACGCCCUCCCCCUCCACGUCGCCCACAGCCUCCACCACAUCCGUCCAAGAAUCUGCUCGCGUGCCUUGCACCCGAGAGAGCUGUCCUCCAUGUUCGUCCAUAUGCACAUGUUCCGGGCCCGCGAAAAGUCCCAAUAUUAGCCUCUGCAAACGGCAUACCGUUCUUACGUCUAGGAAAGCCUCAGCCGUUGAGUUUAAGCAGGAUUUUGAGGCAGAAAUUGGACAAGAAGAUCGAGCGAUUUGAUAAGAAGAUGAUAUUAAUGAAUUACUGGCGACCGAUCGCUGAAUAUGAAGAUCGGUGGGAUGAUAUCAUUUCGACGCACUUUGGGGUCCUACAGGGGGAGGGCAACAGGAGACGCGAAGAAGGGGAGGUCACUUGGGCAUAUGAGGUAGAGCAGGCUAUGAGGGAAAAUGCAAGCGCGCAUGAGCGGGAUUUGAAUAGAGAUAAGGCUAUUGCAUGGAAGAUGCAGCGAAUUGUGGACAAGGAGACUGCAUUAGCGCUUGAGGAAGGCGAGAAGAUCGUUAGAGGCCGUCGGGGGAGAAAGGAGAAAUCUUAA